CUUAAAUGUGCAAUUCAUGUGAUAGAUUUUGUGUAUCCGAUGUUUCCUCUCUGUAACUCAGAAGUCACCAUUGCCACAUCAAGGAUAAUAUUAAAAAGAAAAAUGGGUGUGGUUGCCUAAUGUACUGUUGAAAUAUAGCUUGGUGCCAAUAUCUCUAUGUUUUACCAUCCCUUGAUGAGCAGGAAGCAAACAGAAACUGGCGCCAGUAUAGUUACUGGAACCCGUUAUGUUAGAGGGGGCGGUGUUCAUGGCUGGAAUCUUAUGCGCAAAUUGACUAGCAGAGGAGCUAAUGUAUUGGCGCAGACAUUUUUAUGGCCUGGUGUGUCAGAUCUUACUGGAUCAUUUAGGCUUUAUAAGAAAUCUGUUCUUGAAGAUGUCUUGGGCUCCGUCGUAAGUAAAGGAUAUGUAUUUCAGAUGGAGAUUAUUGUCCGAGCCAGCAGGAAAGGCUAUCAUAUUGAAGAAGUUCCAAUAACAUUUGUGGACAGAGUUUAUGGAACUUCCAAACUGGGAGGGUCUGAAAUAGUUGAAUACCUCAAAGGCCUCAUUUACUUGCUUUUCACAACAUAAUUUGGAGGAUAAUUGAAGGAAUACUGCCAGAUUAUUUUUUUCUUACUGCUUGAUUUGUUUUGCAGCUCUGCUUUUGCAUAAUCUGAACACCACUGUAAGAUCUCGUUGCCUUUAGUCAGCUUAGAACAUCAAUGAUAUGCUCCCACCAGUAAUAGUUGCGCUAAUGAAAUGAUGAGUUGUUUGUAGCACUAAAUAUCCCUCACAAAAUGGAACUUUUCUCUACAGAAAUGGAGUUCUAAGAUUAUUUUGUUUAUUUUAAAUCUAUUUUCUUCUUUAUCAGAAUUAUUGUGGCUUGCACUUAAAUCAUAUCGGCAAACCAUAAUUGACGCCGGUUUGUCUCAUUAUAAUGAACAAAUCCAUUCUAUGAUUGUGCUUGGUAA